AUGUUAGAUUCAAUUGCAAGCGGCGUUGCCGCAAUGUGUUUCAUUAGUUUCAUCCUUCUUAUUCCACCUUUCUUAUGGCAUUGCAGAUGUAAAAAUGUUCCUGUUAUAUGUUUAUUGGUUUGGUUGAUGUUUCUUGAUCUCAAUGGAUUUAUUAAUGUGGUCAUUUGGGGAGGUGACAAUUUCUAUCAGGCUUGGGAUGGAAAAGGUUGGUGCGAUGUGACUGCACUCUUAGAAGUAGGAUCCAAUGUAGGUAAGAUUUGUGCUAUUACAGCCUUGGCUUUGAACUUGUACAUGAUUUUAUCCGCUAAGAAUCCAGAAUAUACACAGAAUACCAGUUGGAAAAAGUUGGUAAUCGAUUUAUCUAUUUGUCUAAUUACUCCAAUUUUCAUUAUGUCAACUAGUUUUAUUGUUCAAAUUUCAAGAUAUGAUAUUAUUAAGUACCUGGGUUGUAUGAUGAUUUUCCUGGAAACAGAUGCAACAAUUGGUUUACAAUAUAUUUGGGGUGUUAUUUGGAGUGUUCCGGCAUUAAUCUUAUGUUCCUUAACAUUAGUCACAUUCUUCCAAAAGAGAAAAGAUGCUAAUGAUAUUCUUUUAUGUACAAAUUCUGGAUUAAAUUUGAAACGAUUUGCCAGAUUGUUGAUUUUUUGUAUUUUGGUAAUUAUUGCAAUGGUGCCUAUCGCUACCUAUCACUUUUAUCAAAAAGCCUCGGGAGAAGUCGCUAAGUUUGUUUGGAGUGAAGUUCACAGUUGGGCAUGGGGAUUGCCACUUUAUUUGGAUUAUGGAAUGCUCCCACUUUAUAGCAGAUUUAUCAAUUUUGCUUUAUCUGUGAUUACUUUCCUUUUAUUUGGAUUAGGGGCAGAUGCAGUGGAGAUGUAUAGAGAAAUCUUGGCAAAAUGCUAUAUAAAACUUCCAUCCAAAAAUGUUAAAGAGAACGCUGUCGUUUAUGAACCAAAUGAAAUGAAGACUUUAACAAAUAAAUCUAAUUUCAGCGAUAACAGUCCCCUUAGUAAUGCACCAACCAUGCAUGAAUUUGAGAGUAGGUAUGCUAGUGUGUUGGCUGAGUUCGAUAUUGCUGAACUGCCGCAGGCUGGUCCUUCGUCUCCUCCAGGUGCCAAAAAAGUUGGCCUUCCUGCAGCCUAUGAUACUCAAUUGCAAGAAUUGAUGCGUGAUAGAGCAAAGUCUGGAGAUUUCUCUUUUAAGUUCGAAGUUAGGCAAGUUUAG